AUGAGUGUGAAAUCGGUUUUGGGCGAUUUACAAAUCGUUGUCGAACGACACUCUGAUGUUUUGAAGAACUAUUCGGCGAUUUUUCGAGUUCUGAUUGGGUUACGGGUAUUUGGAUUCCUUUUGUCGUUUUUCUCGUUUGCUAGGAAUAUUUUAUGGUUGCAUCCGUAUCAAUUGGCUUCUAUUGAGGUAAAUUUGGAGAUUUUGAUGAGGGGUUUUCUGAAAUUUUGGUGAAAAAUCCAAAUUUUCACUCAAAAUAUCAGUUUUCGUGAAAAGCUUAGAUGAAAAAUCAAGAAAUUUAUGAAAUGUAACCCAGAAGUUCAAAAAGUUUCCCAAAAAUCGAUAUUUUCAUUGGAAAGUUCAGGAAAUUCGAUAUUUUUAUAGAUUUUUCAUUAAAAAUCUCAAAAUUUCCGAAUCUUUCUCUGAAAACCUCAAAAAUUUCACCAGAAAUCCACAAUUUUUCCAGGUUUGGCGUAUAUUUUCCGCCGCAUUUUGCGGUCACAAUUUGCUGGAUUUGUCUUGGACAAUUUGGAGUUUGCAUUUUGCAACAAAUUUGAUUCGAUUGAACAAUUCAAAUGAGGCGCUGCUCAAAGUUUAUGCCAUUACUCAGGUUAGACUUUUUUUGGAAAAAUAUAUAAGAAAACCAGGAAUUUUCUCGUGGAAAAAUGAGAAAAAGAGAAAAUAAGGGUUUAAGGCCCUUAAUGGCCUAAUUUUAGGGUUAAAAACCCAACAUUCUUGUUUUCCAGGCCUUAACAACUCUAAUCCUCGCUAUUUUCGCCUACAUCACCUACGUCCUAUUCGAUUCCAUCAAAUUCUUCUACGUCGAACCAAUUGUGGGUCUCGUGCCGAUUUGUGCUACCGUACUCGUUUUGAUGAAACAAUUCUUGCCGGAUACAAUUGUUUUGACGACACCAAUUGGACGAUUGAAAUAUACGCAUCUUCCGUUCACCGCAAUGCUGGUUGCGUUGAUUUUGGCGCUUUUGAAGUUGACAUAUUUUGUGAGUUUUUAGGGGUUCAAGCUUGUGGAAUACAUAAUUUUUAAUAAAAAAUGUAUUUAAAAAAUCCCGAAAUUUCUACGUUUCAAAAAAAUUCCAAUUUUGUAGAUCACAUUCCUCCAAAUCGCCAUCGGCAUUCAAGUUUCAUGGACAUAUUUGCGAUUCUAUAAACCGCACGAUACCGAUGAUAUUUAUGGAGACCAAAGUGAACAUUUCACAUGGGCCAGGUGAGUUUUGGCGCGAAAUUUUGAAAUUUCGGUCAAAAUUAAGCAUUUUUGACGAUUUUUGCAUCAAAAAUCUGAAAUUUUCAGUCUUUUUCCCAUCGAGAACUCAAUUGGUUUUCACACUAAUCGGUCGAAUUUGCUUCCGAAGUUUGGCGAAAUUGGGCGUUUGCAAACGACCGAUUCGCCACGUGGAUUUGAAUUCGUUGCAAUCGGUUACUGUAGGACAGAUCAAUUUGCCGCAAAUCGAAACGUCGGCCAAGGAUUCGGAAAGAAGAAGGUGAGUUUUUUUUUGGAGAAGUUCGAGAAGAUACCUACAGUAAUCUGAAGAUUUUUCCCUACAGUAGUAAACUUUUUGAUCUACAUACAGAAUUUUUUCCAAAGUAGGUCAACAAAAUUUUAUCUACCUAUGUAUGACAGAAACCAUUUUAUGAUCUACCUUUUUUUAAUCUACUAUUAGGUAGAUCAAAAAUUGUCGAUUAGGACACUACAUUUUCCCGCCAAAAUCUACAGUAACCUAGGCAAUUUCGAAUUUCCACCAAAUUCCAGACAAAAAGCCCUCCGUGAACUCAACGAUCGUCUCAACAAAACGCGACAAACCGAAAAUUUGAAUUUCGGUGGAAAUUGGGACGAAGACGAAGAAGAUGAAGAUGAUACUCAGGCUGAAGCUCAAUCAGAAAUUCAAAUUCCAGCUGAAAUCCACUCACCAAACCACAACAACGAUUCGCAAGCUUAA